GGGGAGGGACAGACAGCCGGGCUGAGCCCUACAAAAUCCGCCCCAGUCCGGCUGGUAAACCGGGCUUCACGGCCGGACUCUGCAGCUCGGGCCACGCAAGGGACGCGCGGUGGCUGGGGAGCCUGCGUGUACUCUCAACGGGCGCCCACCAUGUGCCCCCAGACGGCGCGGAGGCUCCUGCUGCAGCUUUUGCUGGUGCUGCUGGCGGCCGUGCCCACCCUGGGCAAGGGCUGCGUCUGUAAGGACAAAGGCCUGUGCUUCUGCGAGGGGACCAAAGGAGAGAAGGGGGAGAAAGGUUUUCCCGGACCCCCUGGGUCUCCCGGCCAGAAGGGAUUCCCAGGCCCCGAAGGCUCGCCCGGACCGCAGGGACCCAAGGGCUCUCGAGGACUUCCAGGCCCCACUGGUCCCAAAGGUGUCAGGGGAAUAACUGGAUUACCAGGAUUUUCAGGUCCUCCUGGACUUCCAGGAACCCCAGGCUAUCCGGGACCUUACGGCCUCCCAGGGUUACCAGGAUGCAAUGGCUCUAAGGGUGAGCGAGGAUUUCCAGGAUUCCCAGGGACACCAGGCUACCCAGGGGUCCCGGGGGCUGUUGGUUUAAAAGGAGAAAAGGGCGCUCCUGCGGAAGGAGAAGACAGGGAACUUGAUGGAAGAGGUGACCCCGGGUUGCCGGGAGCUCCAGGAUUACAGGGUUGGCCGGGACUCCCAGGCUUUCCGGGACCUGUUGGCCCACCUGGCCCUCCGGGAUUCUUUGGCUUGCCAGGAACCAUGGGGCCUCCGGGACUUAAGGGUCACAUGGGUGAUAACGUGAUCGGACAAAAAGGAGAGCGGGGUGCGAAAGGAUUACGAGGACCCCCUGGACCACCGGGCACUGUGACAGUGACGCUAACAGGCCCAGACAACAGAACGGACCUCAAGGGGGAGAAGGGAGACAAGGGAGACCAGGGCAGAGCCGGACCUCCUGGACCCUCAGGACCACCUGGAGAUUCUUAUGGAUCAGAAAAAGGUGCCCGUGGAGAACCUGGCCCACAGGGGAAACCCGGAAAAGACGGCGCCCCCGGGUUCCCUGGCACUGAGGGAGCCAAAGGCAGCAGGGGCCAGCCUGGGCUGGCGGGGGAAGACGGCAUUAAGGGGCGGAAAGGGGACAUUGGCCCUCCGGGAUUUCGUGGUCCAACAGAAUAUUAUGAUGCAUACCAGGAAAAGGGAGACGAGGGGACUCCAGGCCCACCAGGUCCCAAAGGGGCUCGUGGCCCCCCGGGUCCCAGUGGCCCUCCCGGAGACCCUGGAAGGCCUGGGCCAUCAAAGCCUGGCCUCGAAGGAGCCCCAGGACCACCGGGCAUGAAAGGAAGAAAAGGGGAGCAAGGACCCCCAGGGAAGAGCGCAGUGGGGCCUCCCGGGUCCCCAGGUUGCCCCGGCUCACCGGGCCCUCCAGGGCCACCGGGACCCCCAGGACCACCAGGUGGCAUUGUUUUUUGCAAAGGCCUACCUGGGGAAGUUGGACGUCCCGGCCAGGUGGGGCCUCCAGGAAUCCCAGGUGUCGAUGGGCACAAAGGGGAACCAGGCCUCUUGUGCACAGACUGUCCUUCUGUCCCAGGGCCUCCGGGUGUCCCGGGACCGCCGGGGUUAGAUGGCAUGAAAGGAGUCCCAGGAGAACAAGGGGCAGCCGGCAGUAAAGGAAGCCCGGGGUCCCCAGGAAGUUCGGGUCUCCCAGGAUUUCCGGGAUUUCCGGGUGCUCAGGGUGACCCAGGGCUUAAAGGAGAAAAAGGUGAAGCACCCCAGCCAGUUGGACAAGUAGGUGACCCGGGGGAUCCGGGGCCCAGCGGGCAGCCUGGAUUAAGGGGCGUGGACGGCAUUCCUGGGACCGCUGGCGUAAAGGGAUCACCAGGACUUAAAGGCGAGCCGGCCCUCCGAGGUGAGAAGGGGGACCAGGGUCCUCCAGGGGAUCCUGGCACCCCUGGGCCCCCAGGACCCGCAGGACCAGCUGGCCCACCAGGCUACGGACCACAGGGAGAGCCUGGACCAAAGGGCGCCCAAGGAGUUCCUGGAGCCCGUGGACCGCCUGGAGAAGCCGGCCCUAGGGGAGAAGUCGGUGUUUCAACUCCAGUCCCUGGGCCCCCAGGACCUCCGGGGCCCCCAGGCUGUGCCGGCCCCCAAGGUCCACCUGGUUUCCCUGGACCCGAAGGACAGCGUGGCGACCCAGGUGCUCCUGGGCCUGACGGUGAUCCAGGAAUUCCAGGAGUUGGAUUCCCCGGGCCUCCUGGACCCAAGGGAGACCGAGGUUUUCCAGGAAGAAAAGGACCACCAGGCUGUCCAGGAGAAGUGGGGAAGCCGGGGGUACCUGGACAGCCAGGCCGCCCAGGAGCCAAGGGAGAACCAGGACUAGCCAUGCCUGGAGAACCAGGAACACCAGGUUUUCCAGGAGAAAGAGGCAAUUCUGGGGAAAAUGGAGAAAUUGGACUCCCUGGAUUUCCAGGUCUCCCUGGAAUUCCAGGAACUGCAGGGCUUGAUGGACCACGAGGGGAUCCAGGGCAGCCUGGACCUCCUGGAGAAAAAGGACUCCCAGGAAGAUGCCUAGAGGGUCCCAAGGGAGACCCAGGACUUCCAGGCUUAAAUGGAUUGAAAGGGCAACAAGGCAGAAAAGGUGCAACGGGACUAAAAGGAGACCCCGGGAUUCCGGGCAUGGAUAGGUCAGGAUUUCCUGGAGAACCUGGACCGCCAGGAAUGCCAGGUCAUCGAGGAGAGCUGGGACCACCUGGUCAGAAAGGAUAUCCAGGAAAUCCAGGAUUUGUAGGGCCACCAGGUGAAAGAGGGAUGGCUGGGAUGAUGGGCUUUCCUGGCAACGCUGGCCUCCCAGGGCCUCCUGGGAGCCCGGGCCCCCCAGGACAGAGGGGCAGCCUUGGAAUUCCAGGAGCAAAGGGUGAGAGAGGACCCCCAGGAGCCAAGGGGGACAAAGGCACUAAAGGACCCCCUGGGCCUUCUCAGAUAUCCCACUUCCUGGGGGACAAAGGAGAACCGGGCCUCAAAGGAUUUGCAGGAAAGCCGGGUGAGAAAGGAGACAGAGGCAACCCAGGAUUCUGGGGCCCGGAAGGACUCAACGGGCCCCCUGGACCUCCAGGCCCACCAGGCCCCGGUGGAGAUCCUGGGAGCCCUGGAAAUCCUGGAGAAGCAGGACCCCGUGGUCUGCCAGGAAGCAUGGGCACCAUGGGGUUGCCAGGGUCCAAAGGAAAGAGGGGAACUUUGGGACUCCCGGGUCCACCUGGAAGACCAGGCCUCCCAGGUGUCCAUGGUCUUCAAGGAGAUAAGGGAGAGCCAGGUUGUUCAGAAGGUGCAAGGCCAGGACCACCAGGACCAAAGGGAGAACCAGGAUUGCCAGGUGACAUGGGAAAGAAAGGAGAAAGAGGGCCACCUGGCCUGCCCGGAUACCCAGGGCCUGCUGGCCCUGAUGGAGCCCCUGGAAGUCCCGGAAGCCCUGGACCCCCAGGAGACCCGGGUCCGGAUGGUGAGCUGGGGUCUAAAGGCGUGAAAGGCUUCCCUGGAUGUCCAGGCACCAAAGGCCCUCCAGGGCCCCCAGGAUUCCCAGGAGAUCCUGGACCAAUGGGUAUGAGAGGUGACCAAGGACGUGAUGGAAUUCCUGGUCCAACAGGAGAAAAGGGAGAAUCAGGUUUGCUGGGGGCACUUCCAGGCCUGAAAGGGAAACCUGGACCUCCAGGAGCCAAAGGAGACAGAGGAGCCCCGGGCUUGCCUGGCCUCCCUGGCAGGAAAGGGGUGGUGGGCGACGUCGGGCCGCCAGGACCCCCGGGAAUGGCAGGAUUCCCUGGGCCACCAGGGCCACCUGGUGCGACCCUCCCUGGCCAGAAAGGAAACCGAGGUCCACCAGGCUCGCGAGGAAACCCAGGCGAGCCUGGUCCACCCGGGCCUCCAGGCAGACGCGUGGAAGGCGUGAAAGGAGACAAGGGGUCUAUCGGCAAGCCUGGCCCAAGAGGCCCACCUGGACCUGCAGGGGACGCAGGGCCACCGGGUCCUCCGGGAGCACCAGGAACCCCGGGUCUGCCAGGGCUCAGAGGUGAUCCUGGGUUCCCAGGAUUUCCAGGCAUGAAAGGAGAGAAGGGUAACCCAGGACUUCGGGGAUCAAUUGGACCUCCGGGGCCAGUGGGGCCAAAAGGACCACCAGGUGUACGUGGAGACCCUGGCACUGUCACGAUCAUCUCCCUUCCAGGAAGUCCAGGGCCACCGGGCCCAGCUGGACAACCAGGGACACAAGGAGAACCUGGGCCACCGGGGCCACCAGGGAAACCAGGACCCUGUGGGCCAAGAGGUAAACCAGGCAAGGAUGGAACCCCAGGUACUCCUGGGCCCCCUGGAGAAAAAGGCAACAAAGGUCGUAAAGGAGAGCAAGGACUGCCUGGAUUCGACGGACUGCCAGGUCUGAAGGGCAAGCCGGGCGACGCUGGACCGCCUGCAGCUGGUCCCACAAUGAGAGGCUUCAUCUUCACCCGGCACAGUCAGAGCACAGCAAUUCCCUCCUGUCCAGAAGGGACGGAGCCGCUCUACAGCGGGUAUUCGCUUCUUUUCGUGCAAGGAAAUGAGCAAGCCCACGGACAGGACCUGGGAACUCUUGGAAGCUGCCUACAGCGAUUUACCACAAUGCCAUUCUUAUUCUGUAACAUCAACAAAGUAUGUAACUUCGCAUCUCGAAAUGAUUAUUCCUACUGGCUGUCAACAGCAGCUCUGAUGCCAAUGGACAUGGCUCCAAUUACUGGCAGAGCCCUGGAGCCUUAUAUUAGCAGAUGCACCGUCUGUGAAGGUCCUGCAAUUGCCAUAGCCAUUCACAGCCAAACCACCGACAUUCCUUCGUGUCCCCAUGGCUGGAUUUCUCUCUGGAAAGGAUUUUCUUUCAUCAUGUUCACAAGUGCGGGUUCCGAGGGCGCGGGGCAAGCGCUGGCAUCCCCUGGAUCCUGCCUGGAAGAGUUCCGAGCCAGCCCGUUCAUCGAAUGCCACGGAAGAGGAACAUGCAACUACUACUCAAAUUCCUACAGUUUCUGGUUGGCUUCACUGAACCCAGAAAGAAUGUUCAGAAAACCUAUUCCAUCAACUGUGAAAGCUGGGGAGUUAGAAAAGAUCAUAAGUCGUUGUCGGGUGUGCAUGAAGAGAAGACAAUGAAGAAAUCGAAGAAAACAGAACCGUUACUUUUUCAUCCUAAAUAACUAGUAAUGAUGCAGGGCAAGCAUUUACUUACUUUUCUCUAACCAACAAUACCUCUCUAUGAUGGCUUGGAACAAAGUUUCUGUUUGUUUCCCCAUACACCAAACAUUUCUUCUAAGUUAGUUCUGUGAUCCUGGCCUCUAAGUCUGUUUCCAAGUUCUCUAUGGCAAGACAGCAGAGUUUUCACAAAGCAUCCCUGAAACUGUGUUCUACUUGUAUCCAACGCACUAUCUAAAUGGUGACUGUAUAAAGUUUGAUGAUACAAGUGAAGACCUGUUUGGCCCAUUGAAUUCCCAAGAUCUGCCCUUUCUAUUUCAGGCUUUGAGACUCAGAGAGGCUACUUUAGUUUUGGAAUGCCCCACCACCUACUUCCUCAGACUUUAGAUCCUAAGCGGACAAGAUGCAGGGAAGACAUGCAUCAUUCAUAAAACUGGACUUUCAGAUCUAUUCAUAAAACUGGACUUUCAGAUCUGUUAAUUAACCUAAGACUGGAGGGAACCAUUAUUAAACUGGGGUUCAUGGAUUUUCUAGAGUACCUUUAAACAUAUGCAAUAUUAAGGCUAAAAGAGAGGUUCCCUGAAUGGAAUCACAAUAGCCUUGGAAACACUGUAUGGUUUUGGUUUUUACUUUUUAAGUCUUUUGGUUUGUCCAUUGAAUUCAUGUCCCUGCAGCAACACAACCUGCUUGUAUUCCGAGUAGGUACAGCUUUUACCCUUAGUGGAUUAGUUUCAAUAGAAUUUCUACACACAUACUCAGAACUGGGUCUAAUUCUAGCUUUUCUUUUACCAGCACACCCACAUAAAUAGUAACAAGCUACUAGAUGUGCAUGUGUACUUCAUCCCCAUCCCUAUAAAUGUCGGUGCAUAUAAUUGAGUAGUUCAAUAAUCCAUGAAAGAACUUAAGGCAUUUGUUGGCUAAUGAGGCUCAGAAUAUUUUUCCGUUGCUUGAAAUAUUCCAUUUAGCUUGGACAUUUAGAGACUCCCUUGUUACUUCUCUAAUUCUUCUUUGGUAAAAACAUUUUUCAAACCAUAUUAAGAAAGUCCACUGUGUAAAAAUCUUAAUGUACAAAUUGUAUAGCUUGCCGGCGGUGUCUUAAAACUUUCUUUUCAGUGUGGUUAAUAGAUUCCCAAGGUUACUUAAUUCAACUUAACAAGUAUUUUAUUCAGCACCAAGCCAUACCACAGGCACUGUGCUAAAUUACAGAAAUACUAAGGGAGGCGGCACUUGUCUCUGAUCUAAUAUCCUGGAAAAAGUAACUUACUGUUUCUGUUAGGAACCCCACACAGCUGAGUUGUGUCCCCCCUUUUCUUCCUUUAUCUCUGACCUAACACUUCCCCAUUAAUUCAGCAGCUCUCAAUAAAGGUUUUAAAAAUAAGAUCUAUGCCCAAGAUUUCUAGCUUCUCCUAGUCUAGCUUUUUCUAGGCACCACAGACCUUGGUUUGGACAAUGUUAAGAAAACAAAGCUCUGCAAAACAUUAAAACCAUUUAUAUGUGAUGACAGCACUGUCGGAUGAGGCUCAGAAGUCAGGCAUCCUACAAAAAAUCUCUGAAGAUGUUUACCGAUCCACCUAGGCGGAGGUAGUGGUGCUGAUAUUUAAAUUCAGGUUUUACUGCUUCAGUCUCAGUUACCUUGGAGGAGAAGAUGUGGCCCCAGAGGACGGCACAGACCGUGACCACGGCCCACUUCCUCCACUGCUCUCGUGACUGCUGUCAAGCCAUUUUUACGUUUAAACUAAGAAGCGCGUUUUACUUAGAUUAUUUAUACUCACCUAAUAUUCAGACUUUUUGCUCUAAAAAUACCCUACUGUCCCCAUUGUACUGCAGUGACACAGAGGGCUGACAGAUCCCCACAAACCCUCUACAGACCUGUAGUUCUCCCAGUGUGGUCCCUGGACCAGCAGCUGAGGGGUACCCUGUCCUGUGGAGUCCUCCCAGUUGCGGAUGAAAUAAACUGGCCUGCACACAAUCUUUGAACUUAAACAUCUGGUUUAUACCAACAGGACUAUAGCAAAGCAAAGCAAAGCAAACUUCCAAGGGUACAGUGCAUUUUUCAGGCCUGAUUUCCCAUGGGAACCGUCGGUGCUAGGGUCAGGGGACACCUGGUACCUGCAUUCCCGGUUUUCCGGGCAAGUCUCACAGGCCUCUUUCAAGGCCUAGCUUGGCGGUGCUAGUCUCCCAUACCACACAAAGCAGUCCCCACCAAGCAGCAUCUGGGAACUUGUCCCAAAUACAAAUUCUAGGGCCAACCUCAUGCCAAUAGAAUCACAAACUCUGGGGGUAAGGUCCAGAGUUUUAACAAGCCCCCUCGCCCCCAGUGAUUUCCAAUGCAUGGUAAAGACAGAAAAACUGCUCUAGGCAAAUGCCCCCAAAAACAAUUCUACAGGCCAUUACCAGAUUUGGCUGGCCACGAGCGUUCCACCUGUGCCUCUUUUGCAAGUCCAAAAUCACAGAUGAACUUAAGUUUGUGUAAUGUUACUAAUAUGAAGAGGCCUUAGAUUGGGGCUAAUGCCAAAUGACUGGUGUCCGCUUGUCCCCAAACCUCCAUCCUCUUGUCCUCUCAUCAGUGUUUAACUUCCGAGGAAGACAAGUGAUGCAAAAUGAAGCCAUGUUACCAGCUGCUCAAUCAUACUUCUAAGACUGAGCAUUAAAAUACAGCUCAUGUGCACUUCUUUCUAAGACACCUAUGAGUAGCUUAUAAAGUUAGGAAGAUUUAACUUUGUAGAUAAAAUGUUAAAUUACUUGUUUCUUUUAAAUUGGGGGCUUGGCUUCAACUUUGGAAUUACUGUGUGCUCACGGGGGGGUUUCUCUUUCUCCAGAAUAAAUACUAUUAAAUAACUUAUUUAUAAAAGUAUUACAAUGUUAAAUUUGAAUUUUAUUGCUAAUAUAACUUACAAAGACUUUUCUAUGCAUCAAAUGCAACUUACUGCUACUAAACUUAAUAUUUACUUUAUAACCAAAUGAAAUAUAUUUAAAAUAUAUUGAAUACUUUAUAUUAUUGUAUCUUGACAAAAUUACAAUGUUAUAAUGUACUAA